AUGGGACCUCUGGAGUUCCAGACGGAAAGAUGGCGACGAAUCCGGGUGCGUCAAAAAGGAGAUGAAUAUCUUUCAGAACCAAAAAGGUUUUUGAAAGGUGAUUUCGAUCGUUUCUCCCCGAGACGUCUCCGGAAGAUAGCAACACAUGCGGAACUUUUCGUGUUGGAUGGCAGAGAUAUUCUGUACCGACUGGCGCAGUCGACCAAAGAACGACAUCUGGACAUGGAAUCCGAGCUACGACUAGCCACAUACUACAUUUUUGCACACGAAGAUUAUCACGGCAGACACCAGGGUAUCAAGAGGACCCAUAAGAAACUCCGGACGGAGUUUUACUGGCCCAAUAUGUAUGCUGACGUUGAACGCUGUGGAAGAAUGUGUAGACUGUGCAAGCUGAAAGGGACGACCAGUCCUUCGCCCGGAAACAUCGAGUCAGUUUAUCCUUUCGAAGUUCUUUCGAUGGAUUUCGUGACUCAUCUUCCACAGUCCGAGCAAGGAAAUACCUUCUUGCUUCUCUUCCAAGUCAUCUUUUCCGGAUUUGUGAUGUGUAAGCCGAUGGGUUCGACUACGGCACAAGAAGUGACGGAAGCGUACGAAGAAACAGUUUUUCGACGGUUCGAAGCGAGCUCCCUUCUGAGACACAAUCAGAAUCCGAGAUUCAUGUCUGAGGUGUUCACUCGUUUCAGAGAGCUGUUGGGGAGCCGACAACGUGCAACGUUGGGUUGUCGCCCCCAAGCAAAGGUCAGCACGAUAGAUCUGUCCAGACGUACAUGGGUGGGACGCAAGGAAUACGAUCUCGGCUACGUUGGACCCGAAACCGACCAACCUCUCCGAACGGCAGCAUUUGAGUAG